AGUUUCAUGAGCCAAGUAGCGGGAGGCAGCAGCAGCAGGCCCGGGAAGUCGAAGCAGGUGGCGAGUAACUGACGUUGCCCGCCGCCCACGUCGAGCGAGGAUCGUUGUCCUUAAGACGAUCCUGGGCUAAGAAGAGCGCGAUACAGCGGAGAGAAAGAUAGGAAGGAACGGCGGCGAGCGCAGAAGUGUGCCGGCCGUCGAGCUGCUUACCGGAAGGGGUGCGAAAAAGCGGGCAAGCUGCGCCGGAAGGGGGUAGCCCGGGCUUCUCGCGAAGGCCUCAAAAUUUCGGACGCGACGGCGGCCCUGGACCUACGUGCCCAGACGCUAACCCACCCCGACUUUGGCUUGGACCAUCACCAACAGCAGCAGCAGCAGCAUCACCAUCAACAGCAGCAGCAACAACAGCAACAGCAGCGUCCGCAGCAGCAACAUCAGCAGCAACAGGGCCAAAAUCCAGAGUCGCGUCCACACCAUCACCUUCAACAGCAUCAUCAUCAUCAACACCAUCCCGGAAAUCAUCUCCACUCUGGCGAUUCGGGGGGUGGGAUAGGAGGUGGAGGAGGUGGCGGUGGAGCCGGUGGAGGUGGCGGUGGCGGUGGCGGAAGUGGCGGCGGUGGAAGUGGCGGCGGCGGAAGUGGCGGUGGUGUUGCUGGUGUUGCUGGAGGAGGUUCGGCCGGGCCGGAGGCUGACAGAGCCGUCAGAAUCCAAGACGAGGACGACGAGGAUAUCACCGAGAGGGAGGACGAGGAGGAAGACGAAGAUCCUUGCAGCUCGCCCGAGGCAGACCUCGAAAACGAGCCGGAACCCAUGGAGGUCCAAGCCGUCACAGCGACAGCGGCGGCCGCGAAUCUUCACGCGCUGCGACAACAUGUUUUCAAGAUGUCCGAUUACUGGCAGCAACCGCAACGGGGGCCGCCUCAACAUUCGCCGGGGAUACAGCACAGCCCUAUCUCCAACUCGACUCAACAGCAGCAACACCAGCAGGUACAACAGAUGCACAGCCCUCUCGGCCAGCAGCAGCAGCAGCAACAGCAGCAGCAACAGCAGCAGCAGCAGCAGCAACAACAACAGCAACAGCCGCAGCAGCAGAACGUGUCGCAGGUGCAGCAAACCGCCAACACGGGAUUAGGACAGACCGCCAGUCCGCAGCAGCAGUUGCAGCAACAACAACAACAGCACGCCAUGUCCAUGGGCCAGCAAACGGCUCAAGGAGCGCAGCAUCAGUCUUCCCCGGCACCGACGACGCCCUCGCCACAGGCGGACCAUCAGGGCGGCAUCACGUCCAGCAUGGCCCAGAGUCUUCACAGCCUGGCGCAGGCACAACAGACCAUGUCCCAAACCUCGAGUCCCUCGCUGUCCGUUCAAGCGGUCCAGGCGAUCAAUCAGAACCUGGGACAGGCGUUGAGUCAGGUCUUGUCGCAGAACAUGCAGCAGAACCUGGGGCAAACCUUGCAGCACAAUCUCGCGCAGAGUCUGACGCCGAGCCUGUCUCCGCAACAGCAGCAACAGUUGCUCAAUCAACCGCAGAACUUGAGCCAGGCGAAUCAGAACCUGCAACAGAACAUUCAAAGUCAGGCGCAGAAUCUGUCGCAAACGCUGCAGCAACCGGCUCAGAAUUUGACCCAGAACCUCGGCCAGAGUCUAAGUCAACAGGCGCUGCAACAACAGGCAGCGCAGAACCUCACGCAACAGCAAGCGCAAAACCUCACGCAAAAUCUGCAACAACAGGCGCUCAACAUGGCCGGCAGCAUCGCUCAGAACGGUGCUCUCGCCGGGAUGAACAUGUCGACCAAUCAACAACAAAAUUCCCAGAACUCGAUGCUGAGUCCGGGCGCGACGAGCCAGGACUCCCACGACCUGACCGAAAAACUCGUCAACGAGCUGCAGUCUCGUGCGGCGGGACUUGGAGGUGCGGGAGGCGCCGGCGGAGGUGGAGGAAUGGGCAACAUCAACGAACGCACCCUCGAGGAAUGCUGGUCUACCCUGCAACGAUUCUUCUCGCAGAUCUUCAUGCACAAGAGCGCGAUGCAGAUGCACGCGAGGGAGCUCGGCGCGGCGGGUGCACUGACGGGAAGAGCUGGCGGCGGCGUGGCGGGUGGACUGCCAGGCCUUGGUCCGAUCGGCGUCGGACCGGGCGGCAUGAUCGCCGGCAACGAGGUAAAGCCACACCAGUGCCAGCAAUGCCUCAAGUCAUUCUCCAGCAACCACCAGCUCGUACAGCACAUCAGGGUCCACACCGGCGAGAAACCGUACAAAUGCAGCUAUUGCGACCGCAGGUUCAAGCAGCUCAGUCAUGUACAGCAACAUACCCGCCUGCAUACGGGUGAACGUCCGUACAAGUGCCAUCUACCGGAUUGCGGGCGGGCGUUCAUUCAAUUAUCGAAUUUGCAGCAACACCUUCGGAAUCACGACGCCCAGGUGGAACGGGCGAAGAACCGGCCGUUCCAUUGCAACAUCUGCGGCAAAGGCUUCGCCACAGAAUCCAGCCUUCGUACCCACACGUCGAAGGUCAGUCAUUGUUCCAAGUACCCAUGGCAACGAUUAAAGGAGUUGCAACAGCGUGUUGUGUUCCAGCAACACGCCGCCCUGAUCGGCGGCCCGAACGCAACCAGCUGUCCUGUCUGCCACAAACUCUUCCUCGGUGGCGAAGCUCUCAUGGAGCACAUGAAGCACACCCACAAGGAUCCGAAUGCCUCCGGCGUUGCCAUUCCCUCCGCUGACUGCACAACCUCCGUUGCCGGGGUUUACCUAGCGAAGCGACGGACCGCCAACCACCCGUGUCCAGUGUGCGGAAAACACUACGUCAACGAGGGUAGUCUUAGGAAACACCUGGCCUGCCAUCCUGAGACCAGUCAACUUAGCACAAGCCUCAGGAUGUGGCCGUGCUCGGUGUGCCAAGCCGUCUUCACUCACGAGAGCGGUUUGUUGAGUCACAUGGAGCACAUGAGAAUGGACCCGAAGCAUCAGUUCGCGGCGCAAUACGUUUUAAGUCGCGCCGCCGCCGAGAGGCGGGAGAGAGAAAUCCUCGCGUCUUCGAGUCUAGGUGCGGGAUUGGGUGUUUUGGGAAGCCAAACAGGCGGACCUCAAAAUUUACAACAACCACCAAUGUGCCCUUCGCCGUCGGCUCAUUCGGACAGCAGCAGUGGAAAUGGAAGGUUAUCGUCGGCCGGUAGUGAACCUGACUUUUGCGCAGGUACCGGUCUGCUGAACAAUAACAACAAUAACAACAACAAUAACAUGGCGUCGCCGGGGCCGAGUGGCAACAAGCUGAGCGAGAUGCUGCGAGCAGGAAGUCAACCAGGCUCCGUGCAACAGUACCACGACGAGAUGCAGUCGCAACAACAACGUAUGGCAGUGAUGGCCGCCGCCGCGGUGACAGCGGGUUUGCAGAAUUCAGUGUCGCCGAAUUUAUCGCCGGUGGAGAUGGCGUCCCUGGCGGCGGCAAUGAGGAUGGGCAACAACGGUGACAUGAGCGGUGGUGCGCAAGGAUCAACGGGACCGCAGCAGCAGGGAGUUCAAGCAACAGGAUCGGAACAGACUCUGAGGAUGCAGCAGGCGGAAGCCUUGCUGCGUUCUCAAGCCGAAGCCGCGCUCAGACUGGCUGUGUCGCAGGCAGCAGCGGCGGCAGCCAGUUCCGCGGUUGGCGGAGACGUGAGACAUCAUUUGGGACAGCACAACGGAGGCAGCACCUCCGGGAUACCUGGACAUCACACGAACCAGCAGAUGUCUCAGCAAGACAACAUACCGCCCGAUAUUGUUUUAACAGGGGAAGCGCUGCGAUUGCAAGAGCAGCGAUUAGAACAGGCCCUGAGGCUUCACAGCGAUCCUCGAGCCUUGAGUUUCACUCUCCAGCACGUCGUCAGUCAGCAGAACAAUCAGCAACCAUGAAAAUUCAGUUACUACUGAGACGAGU